AUGCAAUACAAAAAAUCUGUUGCUUUAUUAGUUGCUGCUGCCUCUAUUGCUAAUGCCGACUCAUCCAGCUCUACUUCUUCUAACUCCACGAGUGUUCCAUCCUCUUGUGUUGUUAAAUCUGUUGCUACCGCUCAGUCUGAUUUGGAUAAAUUUUCUGGAUGUGAAGUUUUAAGUGGUACUUUGACUUUGACUGGUAGCUUAGGCUCUGCUGCUUUGGCCGAUGUUAAAGAAAUCCAAGGUACACUAAACAUUUCUUCCGCUCAAAACUUGGCUAGUUUUGCAGCCGACAGUUUGGAAACCAUUACUGGUAAUUUAAACUUAAUCGAAUUAACUUCCUUACAAACUGCCUCUUUUGGUUCUUUAAGCAGUGUCGGGUCUAUCAAUUUUAUAACUUUACCGGUCAUUGAAACCAUUAAUACAAAUUUACAAAGUGCUGAUAACGUUGUUAUUUCUGACACUGCUUUAGAAACCAUUUCUGGGUUUUCCAAACUACAAAAAGUUAGUAUUUUUAACAUUAACAACAACAAAGCUUUGGUUUCUAUUGAUUCCGAUAUGGAAACUGUUUCCAACGCUUUGGAAAUUAAUUCUAACGGUGAUAAUGCUAAUAUUACUUUUGAUAAUUUAAUUUGGGCCAAUAACAUCACUGUUAGAGAUUUGAAUGGACUAUCUUUUGCCUCUUUGGAAAAAGUUAACGCAAGUUUGGGAUUUUUGAACAAUAGUGUAACCUCUAUCGCAUUGCAUAACUUGACACAGGUUGGUGGUUCUUUAUCCGUCAUUGCCAAUGACGAGCUAACUAGUUUGAACUUAUCAUCCGUUACCAAGGUUGGUGGUGGUUUAGUCAUCGCCAAUAACACUAAGUUGAAUAAAAUUGACGGUAUAUCUAAUGUCAAGAGUAUUGGUGGUGCUUUGGUUGUUGAAGGUAACUUUUCUACUUUAGAUAUAUCUUCUUUGUCAUCUGUCAUGGGUGGUGCUGACGUUGUGACUACUGGCUCUAACUUUUCUUGUGAUCCAUUAAAGAGUUUGGAAAAGAAAGGUGAUAUUCAAGGUGACGAAUUUGUUUGUAAAGCUCCACAGGCUUCAACAUCUAUUAGCUUAAGUGCUAAAAGUUCUUCUGGUAGUGGUUCUGCCUCUGCAUCUGCAUCUGCCAGUGAUUCUGAUUCUGCCAGUGGUUCUGCCAGUGGUUCUGCCAGUGAUUCUGCCUCUGCAUCUGCCAGCGAUUCUGCCUCUGCCAGUGAAUCAGCCUCAUCUACCAAGUCUUCUACUUCUAGCAAAUCUACCGCCUCUUCUACUGUUAACACCAAAUCUAAAGCUGCUGCCUUUGCGGUUAAUGCACCAAGCGGCUCCUUUUUCGGUGCUCUUGCUGCUAUUGGUUUAGCUUUGUUAUAG